UCACUUUUUUCGAUCAAAUAAUUCAAUCGAUCGUGGGGGCUCUGGUGGUGGUAAUGCAAUGCCAACAUCCUUGUGGUACAUUGCCAGUAUCUACUACUACGGUACGGCCCACAGCCAAGGCGCCACUAGCAUGAUUUCGUGGGGAGUGGUAUCCAUAUUCGCUGCCUCCCGCAGUGUGACUUGGCAAAGGCAUGAACAGUUUGUCUUUUAACAGUGAAAGGGCUACCAGUAGGACGCUUUCUAACUCGUGGCGCAGUAACGAAUACCAAGUUCAACACACGCUUUGCUUUGGAACCCUACAUUGCUGCUUCGUUGCUAUUCCUUGCAAGUUGGGUGACCCGAAAUUUUUCAAAUCGGAUGGUUGUGCUCUGCUUGGAUUGAACCACAAAAGCAGAGCCUAGCUAGUACCGGUAGGCUUUUUGUGUCGGGGCACGUUGAUGAAAACAUAUUCUCUCAAUUCUUUCGUAAUCGUAGUGGAAGUGAGGAAGGUAUUCUCUCCCCUCAUUCGAUUUCUUUCAUCUUGGGCAUCAAGUGUUGCAAGGUUGGUUUGCGAGAGGAACCAAAACUAAGCACACAAAUUGAACCCUCCGCCAAAGGAAAAUCAAACUCAAGCACAGCCAACCAACAACCAACAACCAACAGCCACCAUGAAGAGAUCAGUGAGUUUCGUCCCUUUCAACGAUGCAAGAAACACCCAGUGGAUCUACGAGGCGUACUCGACAGAUGUCUUGUGGACUACUAGCGAAGAGCAAGCUGCUUCAAGACAUCGAACCAGACAAAGAGCUCGCGACUUGAGAUACGAGAACGAAGACGUGCUGCUCCGUGAUACCUUCACCACCACUGACACUGACAAGAACGUACAAAGGUCCUUGAAGGACUUUGUCAAAUCCAACGGAAACGGAAGGGGCAUGGAGCGCUUUAUCUCGAGGGAACACCAUGAAGAACGCAAAGCUCACAGGGCUCGUGCCAUUAAAGUCAUUAUCAUGGCACAAAAGGAGGCAAUCGAACGUGGAUACGAAUUGGCAGAGCUUACGGAGCAGCUGCGAAUGCUAUCCAUCAAGUUCUCGAUUCACGCCAAGAUUUUUGCCAGAAGAAUGGGCAAAGCAGACGAAGCUUGCUGCUACCCCAAACAGAAAAGGUCAAGUCAAAAACAACAGCAGGGGACCUCAGUUUUUGUUGGAGCACCCGUCGUUCCUUCUGCUGCCUCUGCUUCUCUGACAAAAACACAAAUUUCUCAGAGACAAUUGCAGGCCAUGACAGCAUAGAUUGCUUUCAUUGCCCACUGUACAUUUUGCACCGCUAUCCCAAAUGUAAAAAUAAACUGUAGAGCUAACAAUAGACCUUACAGAAACGAAUAACACGAGA